AAAAAUGAAGUGUACUGUUAAAAUUUCUGCGCGUUUAAAAGCUAUCGGGAAAUCUUCAACUCUUAAAAUAUAAAAAAUGACUGCUGUGGGUAUUGAUUUGGGAACAACAUAUUCCUGUGUGGGCGCGUGGCAACAUGGUAACGUAGACAUAAUUGCAAACGAUCAAGGAAACCGCACAACUCCGUCUUAUGUUGCGUUCACUGACACCGAACGGCUCAUAGGAGAUGCAGCCAAAAAUCAGGUAGCCAUGAACCCUGAUAAUACUAUUUUCGAUGCCAAGCGUUUGAUUGGACGUAAGUAUGAUGAUCCUACUGUACAGCAAGACAUAAAGCAUUGGCCCUUUAAAGUUGUCAACGAUAACGGGAAACCUAAAAUUCAAGUAUCGUUUAAAGGAAAAGCAAAAGUGUUCACUCCAGAGGAAGUAAGCAGCAUGGUGUUACUAAAAAUGAAAGAGACAGCUGAAUCAUAUCUAGGCAACAAAGUAACUAAAGCAGUUAUUACAGUACCUGCUUACUUCAAUGACUCUCAGAGACAAGCUACUAAAGAUGCGGGUGCUAUUGCCGGAUUAAACGUUCUCAGAAUAAUUAAUGAGCCAACGGCUGCAGCUUUGGCUUACGGCCUUGAUAAGAAUUUAAAAGGAGAACGCAAAGUCUUAAUCUUUGAUUUAGGAGGCGGUACUUUUGAUGUAUCCAUCCUUACGAUUGAUGAAGGUUCUCUUUUUGAAGUAAAAGCUACAGCCGGAGACACUCAUCUUGGUGGUGAAGAUUUUGACAAUAGAUUAGUUAACUUUCUUGCUGACGAGUUUAAAAGAAAGUAUAAAAAAGAUAUCAAAUCGAACCCAAGAGCACUUCGUCGCUUGCGCACUGCUGCCGAACGAGCUAAACGAACACUUUCUUCCAGUACUGAAGCAAAUAUAGAAAUCGAUGCUCUUUACGAGGGUAUAGACUUCUUUUCACGAAUUUCAAGAGCACGAUUCGAGGAACUAAACGCAGAUUUAUUUCGUAUCACUCUAGAGCCAGUAGAGAAAGCUUUAAAUGAUGCCAAAAUGGACAAAAGCUCUAUCAAUGAUAUUGUUCUGGUUGGGGGCUCAACUCGUAUACCUAAGAUUCAGAAUUUAUUACAAAAUUUCUUUAAUGGUAAAAAACUCAAUUUAUCUAUUAAUCCUGAUGAGGCUGUGGCUUAUGGUGCUGCAGUUCAGGCUGCAAUAUUAAGCGGGGAGCGUCAUUCCAAGAUUCAGGAUGUGCUUUUAGUCGAUGUCACCCCCUUAUCUCUAGGUAUUGAAACAGCUGGUGGUGUUAUGACGAAGAUAGUCGAACGCAACGCUAAAAUCCCUUGCACACACUCCCAGACUUUUACCACCUAUUCGGAUAAUCAACCAGCUGUCAACAUUCAAGUGUAUGAAGGUGAAAGGGCAAUGACCAAGAAUAAUAAUCUGUUAGGAACUUUUGAUCUAACUGGUAUACCACCUGCACCUCGCGGUGUACCUCAAAUAGAUGUAACAUUUGACAUCGACGCUAAUGGUAUCCUCAACGUUUCCGCUAAAGAGAACAGCACUGGCAAGAGUAAAAAUAUAGUUAUAAAGAAUGACAAAGGCAGACUCUCCCAAGCUGAGAUUCAGCGUAUGCUAGAAGAUGCUGAGAUGUACAAGGAUGACGAUAAUAAACAAAAAGAGCGUAUUGCAGCGCGACAUCAAUUAGAAACUUAUGUUUUUGAUGUUAAACAAGCUGUGGAUGUUGCUGGUAGCAAACUGAAUAGUUCUGAAACCUCACGGGCUACGGAAAAGUGUGAGGAGAUUUUACGAUGGUUAGAUGGCAACACUUUAGCAGAGAAAGAUGAAUACGAGGAGAAACUGAAGCAAGUAAAGAAACUUUGUGGUCCAAUUAUGAUGAAACUGCACGGCUCUGGAAGUGGAAAGAGGGAUGCUGAUGGUCCUGUUAUUGAAGAAGUAGAUUGAAUUGAAUUAUAAUAAUUGUGUUGCGUUUUU